AUGGCAUUCAACAAAGCCUCACAAUUCACCAUUUUCCGUGGCCCUGGAAAGCCAACCGCUUUCACAUGGUCCCCCUUCGUCAUCAAACUCGAGGCUCGCCUUCGCUUUGCCGGCGUGUCCUACAGGGUAGCCGAAGGAUCACCGAAAACUGCACCACGAGGAAAGAUCCCAUACAUUGAAGCUCAAGGUGAGAGUUUGAGCGAUUCGACAUUCAUUAUCAAACGCUUUAUCGAGGAUGGUCUCAUUCCUGAUCUUAAUGCAAGUUUGACGCCUGUUCAGAGAGCACAGGAUCUUGCGUUUAGAGCUCUCCUGGAAGAAAAGGUUUACUUUUACGGCACCCGCGAGAAAUGGUGCGAUAAUUAUUAUACCAUGCGUUCCAACAUCUUUGCUUCUAUGCCGUGGCUUCUACAGGUUGUCAUAGGGUCUUUGGCAGCUCGUGCAAAUGCAAGAACUGCGUAUGGACAAGGAACGGGCCGUUUGACAGACGAAGAAGUCACAGAGUUGAGAGAGGAGGUUUGGGAGAGCGUCGGAGUUUUACUAGCAGAGGCGAGGAUGCGGAAGAAAGGCGAUGAUGGACCGUUUUGGGCUCUUGGUGGUGAUGAGCCUACAGAGGUUGAUGCGGCGAUCUUUGGGUUUAUUGUUUCGUCGUUGAUAUGUGAAGCGUGA